GGAGGGAAGCAGGAAGUGACUGCGGGAGUGGAGCCGGCGAGCGAGCGGCAGCGGGGGCUGAUGGAAGUGCAGUGGGGGCUGGAGAGGGCACCCUAGUUGGGUGUUCCGCGGACCACGCUUUGAGUAGCGAGGCAUUAGAGAACUUUUCCACAGUCCUCUCCGCCCAGACCUGAAUCCUUCUGCUGGAUUCCCCCUCGUGGAGUUAGGGCAUGUGUAUGCAGCUCCACUAAGGCCCAGCAGCCCUAGUGCUGUUCCCACUUCUGCAACUUCACCAGCCUCUUGAACUGACUCUUGGAAGCGGAACAAGAAGUUUAAAAGCUGUAUCCAGCAUGCUCCAAGGCCACAGCUCUGUGUUCCAGGCCUUGCUGGGGACCUUCUUCACCUGGGGGAUGACGGCAGCUGGGGCAGCUCUCGUGUUCGUAUUCUCUAGUGGACAGAGGCGGAUCUUAGAUGGAAGUCUUGGCUUUGCUGCAGGGGUCAUGUUGGCAGCUUCCUAUUGGUCUCUCCUGGCCCCAGCAGUUGAGAUGGCCAUGUCCUCUGGGGGCUUUGGUGCCUUUGCCUUCUUCCCUGUGGCUGUUGGCUUCACUCUUGGAGCAGCUUUUGUCUACUUGGCAGACCUCCUGAUGCCUUACCUGGGUGCAGCAGAAGACCCCCAGACGGCCCUGGCCCUGAACUUCGGCGCUACAUUGAUGAAGAAGAAGUCUGAUCCUGAGGGUCCCGCGCUGCUCUUCCCUGAGAGUGAACUUUCCAUCCGGAUAGGUAGAGCUGGGCUUCUUUCAGACAAGAGUGAAAAUGGUGAGGCGUAUCAGAGAAAGAAAGCGGCAGCCACUGGCCUUCCAGAGGGUCCUGCUGUCCCCGUGCCUUCUCGAGGGAACCUGGCACAGCCCAGUGGCAGCAGCUGGAGGAGGAUCGCGCUGCUCAUCUUGGCCAUCACUAUACACAACGUUCCAGAGGGUCUCGCUGUUGGAGUUGGAUUCGGGGCUAUAGAAAAGACGGCAUCUGCUACCUUUGAGAGUGCCAGGAAUUUGGCCAUUGGAAUCGGGAUCCAGAAUUUCCCCGAGGGCCUGGCUGUCAGCCUUCCCUUGCGAGGGGCAGGCUUCUCCACCUGGAGAGCUUUCUGGUACGGGCAGCUGAGCGGCAUGGUGGAGCCCCUGGCCGGGGUCUUUGGUGCCUUUGCCGUGGUGCUGGCUGAGCCCAUCCUGCCCUAUGCUCUGGCCUUUGCUGCCGGUGCCAUGGUCUACGUGGUCAUGGACGACAUCAUCCCCGAAGCCCAGAUCAGUGGUAAUGGGAAACUGGCAUCCUGGGCCUCCAUCCUGGGAUUUGUAGUGAUGAUGUCACUGGACGUCGGCCUGGGCUAGGGCUGAGACGCUUCAGACCCCAGGAAAGGCCAUACGAGGAAACAGCAGUGGUUGGCUUCUAUGGUACCACAAGCCUCUUUCUUCACAUUAAAACUUUUUUUCCUGUCUUCUUCAUCUCAUUAUCCUGAUUGACUCUGAUUAUAAUAGAACCAUUUUUACUUUGCUUUGAGGGAGAUUUUUGAUUUAAUGGGGAAUUUUAAGGUGGCAUGGAAAUACAGAUUGUUUGUUUUGGCCACUGAAUGGACUCUCUCUUCAGUGGGAUUAUCAAGGAACUCCAGAUCAGGGAAAUCUCUGCUUUGGGAACUUCUAUCUCCCUGCCAACUCCUCAAGGUCACCUAUAGAAGCGAGCUACCUUCUAUCUCCUAAGCAUUUUGGUGGCCUAGUGACUCAGGGCACAGUGGCCAGCACACCUCUCAUCCGCCCCUCCUGCUUCAUCACUGCUGAGCCUUUACCCAUCUAGAAUGCUGGAACUGGAGCAUCAUAAAGAUAGCAAGCUACCUUCCAAGGCCGAGCCAGCCCAGAGAGGAGCACGCCUUCCUCUACCUCCCCUCAAGGAGAUACUACGUGGGAGGGAGACACAAAGGGAAGGAAAUUGGCUAGUCUGGCUUUUUUUUUUUUUUUUUUUUUUUGGCAAAGAUUGACAUUCUUGAAGGAAAGGGGAUGAGGACAACUGAACUCACAGUGAGCCCUGUGGAGAGAAGACAGACAGAGUGUGGGUUUGAUCGGAAGCCUCUGCCGUCAAUGGAUUCCAGGAGCAAGGCCAUUUGUCGCGCUUUCCAAAUUUCUUAGGCAUUUAUUUUGAUAAGUUUAUAGCCAUCAUUUUUCUAAGAGACUUGGAGACACCAGCAAACUGCUAGAACUCAAACUCUUCAAUUACUCAAAGAAGGAGCCAUUUCAGUUAACUCAAGUGAAUGAGAGACUUUUGGAAUCUGCAGUGGGUCCUUCCCGGUUGACCAUUUGGUAACUUGUAAUCUGACCAAAACCUCUUGAGCUGCAACAGGCCUUGCCAGAGGGCUCAGGAUGGGAAAGGAAGAAGGGGAUGGGAAAAGAAGAGGUAAUUUUACAUUUCCCCUCUAAAGUAAAUUUUAGCCAACUCAUCAUUCUGAAAUGUCCCUAUAAAGAAUGAGUCAAACUAGACCAAAAGCCAGCCUACUCCUUCUUACAUAGUUUCUCCAACAGGGGUAACACUGACCUGUCCACUUCAAACACAGAUAAGGCCUGCCGUCCUCAUUGGUUAGAGGAACACGUGAGACUUUGAGUGGGCUCUGCUGAGAAGGCAGGCAGCCCAGGAGCCAGGUAUGCAGGCAUUGCAUUGUCAGUGUCUGCUCUCAGAGUUUACACAUUCAGUUGCUUCCAAGGUUGAAUCUCCUGCUCUGUGAAUGCUCUCAGACCCCAAAGGCCAACCUUGGGCUGGGUCUAUGUAUGUUCUUCCAAAGCACUGAUGAUCAAAAUUGAAGACACAUUCAGAGGUUUGAUUGGUUGAGAUUAACUGGUGUGGUGGUUGGUGUAUGUAUGUUUUAUUUUUAUGUCUUUGUAUGUAGUUCUACAUAAUGCAAAUUGUGCUUACUGAUGGACAAGACCUCAUAACUGUGAUUAAUAUCAAUAAAGGGGAUGUUGUGGAU